AGUGUGGGGGGCAUGUUUUCCCUGGAUUCCUGCUGCCAGAUUCCUGUGGGUAUGACUCACUAAACUGAAUCAGACUGCUGGAGCCCGCUCGGAUUUGGACGAAAGGCUAUUCUGGGUAGACUACUACAUGUAUGCAUGUGUGCGUGUGUAUGUGUGCGUGUUAGAGGGAUGUUACACCGCAAACCCAUAAGAAAGGAUAACUUUGGAUAAAUUGGAAAAAGCAGGAAGUAAAAUCUUGCUCAUGAAUAAUAGUGUAGGCUCUUAUAUGAAAUACUAGCCUCAGCCUGUGUUGACCCUGCUGAAGGGUGUGUCUCUGUACGUAGUAAAAAAGGAGGUCUUCGGGCGAACUAAACCAAGUGUCCCCACCCUUCUGCUCAACGCAGUCAACCUACCUCAUCCGCAAACAGCCCUCUUUAAAUCUACGUGAAGCCUAAUUUACCGGAUUCUUUACCGCGUUAAUUUAUGAGGGCUCUGCUGCGACUUCGUCUCCAAGCUGCACUGCGGAAACCUCUCUGAAAUCCUGCUGCUCCAAACCAGAAGUGCCAGCCACAGGCAUCGGGGUUGUGCGUGUGUGUUUCCACAGCAAUUUAAUUGCCCGAUUUGGUCUCUUGUGUGCAGAGUGGUUUUUCGUUCUCACUUCAACAAUGUAUCAAGUCGCAAGGAAGCUGUUCUUUACGGACUGCCGGUGCGCCGGCGAUGCGUCGAAAGUGUACGAUGAUCUGUUCGCCAAGCUGGACACCAACAAGGAUGGCAAAGUGGACGUGUUCGAGCUGAAGGCGGGCCUGGCUGCGAUGGGCAUCAAAACCGCGAAAGGAGCAGCUCAGAAAAUCAUUUCCUCUGGAGACCAAGACAAAGAUGACGGGCUCGACUUCAACGAGUUCUCCAAGUACCUAAAGGAACACGAGAAGAAGUUACGACUUACCUUCAAGAGCUUGGACAAAAACAAUGAUGGUCGUGUGGACUUUAUGGAGAUAAAGCAGUCACUUGCCGAUCUAGGAAUGGACAUCAGCAAAGAGGAGGCGCAGAAGAUCCUUCAUAGUAUCGAUGUGGACGGCACCAUGACUUUAGACUGGAAUGAAUGGAGGGAGCAUUUCCUGUUCAACCCAGCCACCAACCUGCAGGAGAUUGUCCGCUACUGGAAGCACUCUACGGUGCUGGACAUUGGGGACAGCCUCUCCAUCCCAGAUGAGUUCACAGAGGAGGAGAAGACAACGGGCAUGUGGUGGAAGCAGCUGUCAGCGGGGGCCAUGGCCGGCGCCGUGUCCCGUACAGGAACUGCCCCGCUGGACAGGAUGAAGGUGUUCAUGCAGGUGCAUUCCUCCAAGAGCAACAAAAUCAGCCUGGUUGGUGGUUUUAAGCAGAUGGUAAAAGAAGGAGGCACGGCGUCUCUGUGGAGAGGAAACGGUAUCAAUGUACUGAAGAUUGCCCCCGAGACGGCCAUUAAAUUUAUGGCCUAUGAGCAGUUUAAGAAGCUGCUGUCCAGUGAACCAGGGAAGGUCAAGAUCCACGAGAGGUUCAUGGCCGGAUCGCUGGCUGGAGCCUCAGCACAAACUGUCAUCUACCCCAUGGAGGUGAUGAAAACCCGCCUGACCCUGAGGAAGACCGGACAGUACUCGGGAAUGUUUGACUGUGCCAAGCAAAUCCUGAGGAAGGAGGGACUGAAGGCGUUUUACAAGGGCUAUGUUCCCAAUCUUCUGGGCAUCAUCCCCUACGCUGGCAUCGAUCUGGCAGUGUACGAGAGCUUGAAGAACCUCUGGUUGUCCCACUACGCUAAAGACACCGCUAACCCUGGCAUUCUGGUGCUGCUUGGCUGUGGUACUCUCUCCAGCACGUGUGGCCAGCUGGCCAGCUACCCUCUAGCUCUGAUCCGCACCAGGAUGCAGGCUCAAGCGUCUCUCGAGGGCUCAGAGCAGCUGCCCAUGAAUCUGAUGGUGAAGAAGAUUCUGCAAAAGGAAGGCUUCUUUGGACUUUACCGCGGCAUCCUGCCCAAUUUCAUGAAGGUCAUACCGGCUGUCAGCAUCAGCUACGUGGUGUACGAGAACAUGAGGGAUAGUUUGGGUAUCCAGAAGUAGGCAGCGGAGUCGUCUGUGUCCGUGACAGUGAUGAGCAGGGUUUCUUUUUAUUGUUUCAAAAACACGUCACUUACUAAGAUAUUAGGGAAACUGUCAUGUAAAGAGCUUGUUUACCUGUCGGUCACCAAAGACUCAAAGCACUGCAGAUGGAGUCGUUGCAGGACUUUGAGUAAACUGUUGAGCCAUUAUAAAAGAAUAGUUUUGAAAAGUCUUCAGUAUUCACAAAGGGCUUGUAAUGAUUUGUAAGACUUUGUGUAAAUUGUGUUGCACCCACAGUUCUGCACUAUCAGUCUUGGGGCCCAGUUUGGAUCGACCGACUUUCACUUUAAUCAACCAAAGAAGUAGAUAUUAAGAAUCUGAAAAACCAAAAAACACUUAGAGAGGUUCAUUCUGAUUUCAAAACAUUCUGUUUUGUGUUGUUUAAUUGUUGAUUUGGGUCAAAAUGUUUAUUUUAAGUAUGGGUCCUGUUAUGUCACAUGUUCCUCUAAGUUCCAUACUUGUUUUGCUUUCUUUACAUCUAAAAUCGACAUCUUCCAUUCCCUCACAAACACUCGUUCAGCUUUGUUUACGGUUUCUCAAAAUAUUGUGUGAUAUUGUGCGAGUGGGGAGCUGUUUCACCAAGAAAUCUGAGGAAACUUUUAAAGUGCAAUACUUUGGUGGUUGACGUUCUGGUAUGUUUGAGACAGGUGUGUCUAUUUGUUGAAGUCUGGUGAAUGGGACUCAUGUGCCUUAUCUAUGGACCUCACCCUCUAUUUGCCUUUCUAUCCAAUACUUGGUUCAUUAGAUGCUGGUGUUUACAGUAAUAAAGACAUUUGAAUACAAAA